GGACAGAGAGGAGAGAGAGCAGUUGUGAGGGUCCGGCCGCCCCACUCCGGGCCCCUCUCCUCCUCUUCCUCCCUCUCCUCUUCCUCCUCCUUGUCCUCCUGGCCCGCUCCGGCCAUGUGGAAACCUCUGGCGCUGACCGUGCUGGGGCUCGGACUGGCGCUGCUCGGCGAGCGCUUCGUGACUUUCAGGAGCCGACUGAACGCUUCCCGAAAACUGGAUCCCGUGGGCCUGCCGGGCUGCCGCCUGAUCCCGGGAAUCGAGACCGGGGCGGAGGACAUUGAAAUCCUGCCCAAUGGACUGGCCUUCCUCAGCACUGGUAUCCGCUACCCGGGGAUCAAGAGCUUCGCUCCGGACAGUCCGGGGGCCAUCCUCUUCCUGGACCUCAACCAGGAGGACCCCCAGCCACGGACCUUGGACAUCCGCGGAGCCUUGGACAAGGACUCCUUCAACCCGCACGGCAUCAGCGCCUUCGUGGACUCAGCUGGCACGGUGAACCUGUACGUGGUGAACCACCCCCACCUCAACACCAUGUUGGAGCUGUUCAGGUUUGAGGCCGACGCACAGAUCCUCACCCACAUCAAGACCAUCCAACACCCGCUGCUGUACAGCGUGAACGACCUGGUCGCCCUUGGGCCAGAUCGGUUCUACGCCACCAACGACCACUACUUCACCCAGCCGCUGCUGGCCCAGCUGGAGUUGUUCCUGGGCCUGUCGUGGACCAACGUGGUGUUCUCCAGCCCGGAGGGCAUCAAGAUGGUGGCCCAAGGCUUCACCUUAGCCAACGGAAUCGCCAUCUCUCCCGACCACAAGUUCCUCUACGUGGCCGACUUCGGGGGCCAGAAUAUCCAUGUCCUGGAGAGGCAUGGAGACUGGAAUCUCACCCUGCACAAGGUCCUCGAGCUGGGCACGCUGGUGGAUAAUUUAUUCGUAGACCCAUCUACUGGGGACGUGUGGGCCGGGUGCCACCUGAGUGUCAUGAAGCUGUUUAACUAUGACCCCGAAGACCCUCCGGGGUCCGAGGUCCUCCGCAUCCAGGACAUCCUGUCGGCGAAGCCCACGGUGACCACGGUCUUCGCCGACAACGGGUCGCUUCUCCAGGGGAGCUCCGUGGCUGCCGUGUUCGGCCGGAAGCUGCUCAUCGGGACCGUGUUCCAGCGGGCCCUGGCCUGCCACCUCUGAUGACCCCCGAAUCCCGGGCAGGGCCGCCUCCUGGAGUGUUCGGAGCGGGGCUCGCCGCCCCGGCCUGAAAGUAAAAAGAAAUCACCAAUCUC